UAGUAGCGUAUAGUGCUACUACUCCAGUAUACUCUUCCGCGUAUUCGGUUAAAUUCUAACCCUUGCAGAAUGCUGACAGGAAUUCGAAUUUAUUGGUAAAAUGUCAAACCGUUGGGGCAGCGACUAUGUGGUUACGGAGCACCGUGAUUUACAGGCUAAUACUAUGGCCGUGGAUGCGACUGGCAAUUACGUGCUCCUUGCCGGCCGUAGAUGUUUUGCGGUAAAACAUCUUGACGAAGGUGCUGACACGUUGAAAAAGUUUCAGAGGCAGAGCAAGUAUGAAGUGGGCUCUGCCGAAUGGAACCCCACAAGUAUAAACUCUCACCUAUGUGCAGUAUCGAGCAAUACGCGUAUAGAAAUAUUGUCACUUGUUGGAACUAACGGAUAUGAUUUGCAAACGAUAAACAGUCUAAAGGCACACACGAGAGUGGUCAGUGACUUAAAUUGGCACCCUAAGGAGCCAGACAUUCUUGCUUCCUGUAGCAUUGACACGUUCAUACACAUUUGGGAUAUAAGAGAUCAGAGAAGACCUACUCUAUCUCUGUCAGCAGUUGCUGGCUCGUCUCAAGUAAGAUGGAACACACUGUCUCCAAAUAUGCUGGCCACGGCUCAUGAUGGAGACAUUAAGAUAUGGGAUCAAAGAAAAGGAAAUAGCCCCAUGCAGUAUAUAGCUGCUCAUCUAACAAAAAUAUAUGGCCUGGAUUGGUGCCCCUUUCAACAAAAUCAAUUGGCAACUUCUAGCCAAGAUUGUACAGUGAAGAUAUUUGAUAUUAGUAAUCCGCGUAGGGCAGAGAACAUUUUGACAACAAAUUCUCCAGUGUGGAGAGCUAGAUACACGCCGUUUGGAGAAGGGCUCGUGACGAUAGUUGUACCUCCAUUGCGACGGGGUGAGAAUAGUUUAUCAUUGUGGAACACAACUAAUCUCAGUGCUCCUAUUUAUACGUUCGUCGGACAUACCGAUGUUGUGCUCGAGUUCCAAUGGAGGCAUCAAAAAUUAGAAAAUAGCGACUUUGAGUUAAUUACUUGGUCGAAGGAUCAAUGUUUAAGGAUAUACAAAAUCGAUCCCUUCUUAAAAAAAUUAUGUGGACACGGUAUAGAUGAUGAUACAUCUAUCUAUACUCAGUACUCUGAAGAUAAUAAUUUAAGAACGUUGCAAUCCGUCCAGCAAUUACAACUUAAUGAUGCGCAGAACGACCGUGAGAUAAAUUGCAUAACGGCGAAAGUUGAUGAACCCACGAUGAACUCAGAAACAGAUACAUAUAUUGAAAAUAAUAAAGAAAUAUCGUCUCCCACGCAACCAAAGACAUUACAGCAAGAAUUCUCGUUAAUAAAUAUGAACAUACCUAACAUAGAGGUCAAUGCAAUGGAUGCUGUUGAACGUAGUUGCACCGUAACAGCGUCUAAUAAAAGUUACAACGUGAUAUUAAAAGUGAACUUCCCGGCAAAUUACCCCUACAGCGCGCAACCUACAUUCCAGUUCUGUCCUGGAACAACCAUCGACAAUGCGACGAUGGCAAAAUUGUUAAAAGUUCUGAAGCAAACCGCGCAGCAACGCGUUAAGAAAAACAGAUCGUGCUUGGAACCAUGCCUCAGGCAAUUAAUUACAACGUUGGAGCAAACUUGUAAAAAAGACGAAAACGAAAGUAGUCAUUUAGGAUAUGAUAUUCAAGACAACGCGAAUUUCUUAAGUUCCUCAAAUAUGUAUACAAAUUAUCAAGACGUCUAUAUACCGUUCCCUAGAACAUCUGGUGCUAGAUUUUGUUGUGUCGGUACACUCGUUUGUUUCGGACGUGGAUCGUACACGAGAAGAUCAUCCAUGAAAGCGGAGAAUACUACCCCUAGAGCACUGUCCGCAUUAGGAAAUGGAAUAGGCAAUUCGGAACGCUUCAUGCAUAUGUAUCCAAAUUCUUAUGUACAGUCGAACGAUGAUAUUCCUAUAAGUUCUUUCUAUUUUCAAGAACGUAAGAUGAAUCGUGGAUUACACAACGCGAACAGAAUGACUCAUAGAUCUUGCUGCAAGAACUGUCAUUUCAUCGUGAUGACAUACGAUGCCUCCUCGUUAUUUUUCGUCAACAAGGAACUUGCUGAAAAAUACGUCAUCAAUAUCACCGAUAUUCCAGCGAUGUGUCAAUACAACGCGAACGUUGCUGCGUCGCUAGAGCGUCCUGAUUUGGUACAGGCAUGGUGUUUAGCCGCUCUUGUAAUAUCGCAACCAGUUUCGAAUAUUGGUCAUAAUUCCUGUGCCUCGCCUGAGAUCGACGCUCCGUGGCCUUUACAUCCUUUUGGCCAAAAUUUAAUUCAUUCCUUAAUACAGCACUAUGCCAAUCAAUCGGAUAUUCAAAUGGCAGGUAUGCUGAGCUGUGCAUUUAGUUACCGUUCAGAAAAUUCCGACGUUCAGUCGAGGCUGAACAGCAAGUCCAUUAACAUUAGUAGGCUUUCCACAGGAAAAUGGUGGUUGAAGCCUGGCGGCUCUCCAUAUCAUACGAUUCAUCUAGCUGACACUACGCUGGAAGGAUGGAACUUUCAAAAUUUGAAGCAACAUCGAUCUAACUCAUGGUCCGAUUCUCUGGACGAUUUAAAGUUAAUUCAAGACACCUUCGGUGACUCUGCGAGAAGUAUUAGGUUGCUCGACGAAAAAUAUACUGCUCUCUACGAUGGUUAUAAAAAGGCAUACGCCGAGGUGUUACACAGAUGGCGAUUAUUAGAUGCGCGUGCACAAGUAUUAAAACAUGUCAGCACAACUCCUUUAGAUACCCACAAGGGUGUGGAAUUCCAAAGCGAAUGUCAGCUGUGCGGAAAACAAAGCAGAGGACCUCAGUGUAUAAAUUGUAAACGAUUAGCUUUAGAAUGUGUGAUUUGUCAUAUCUCUGUGAGAGGCCCAAGCAACUUCUGUAUAUUUUGUGGCCAUGGAGGGCACACGCAACACUUGGCGACAUGGUUUGCUAAUGAAAAAUUGUGUCCCACAGGCUGUGGAUGUUGUUGCCUGCAGGAGAGUUCAAUUCUUCUAAAGUUGUAAAUAAUAAGAAAAUAAUGUACAUAAAACGCAGAGAUAUAUAUAUAUAUAACGAAUGUUGCGAGAGGAUAAUAGAUACGUUUUUCUGUAAGAGA